GUGGGGAAGUUGCAGCACUUCCUCCUUCCUCUCCGAGCUGGUUCUGAAACCAGUCAGACCUCCAGACGGACCGUGUCAAUGGGGAACCAGCAACUCGUUUUCACAGACUUUUCUUAACGGAGCUUAAACUAAAAGCCACGGCUCAUGUCACCGGGGGAGAACACCACCCGCACCACCCAGAUCUAGUGCGUAAUCACACUCCAGCUGUUUGAGCCACAAUGGCUGCGACGUAGCGCUACCUUUUUUUUUUUUUUUUUUUUUUAUCUGAUCGAGAGGAUUGUGACUUUUACAGCCGAAAAGGAGACCUUGAAGGCAUCUGAACAUGAAGAAGCAGUUUAAUCGCAUGAAGCAGCUCGCCAACCAGACUGUUGGAAGAGCGGAGAAAACCGAGGUGCUGAGCGAUGACCUCCUUCAGAUCGAGAAGCGGAUGGAGAUGGUACGACUGGUGUCGCACAACACCAACAAGAAGCUGGUGUGCUGCCUGCAGGGUCAGCUGGGCACGGGCACGGAGAAGAGACACAAAAAGCUGCCGCUGACCUCGCUGUCCCAGGCCAUGCAGGAGGGAGGGGGUCAGCUGGGGGACGAGAGCCUGAUCGGGAAGAUGAUGGAGGUGUGUGGGGAGGCAGAGAACCGGUUAGCCUCAGAACUGAUGCAGCACGAGUUGCAGAUCGAGAGAGACAUCCUGGAUCCCCUCAACCAGCUGGCCGAGGUGGAUAUUCCUAACAUAUUCAAGCAGAGGAAGCAACUCGCUAAGCUAGUUCUGGACUAUGACUCCGCAAAAGCCAGGUGGGUUCAGGCAACAAAAUCCAACAACCAGGCCAUGCCGUCUAAGUUGGAUUCGCUCAAAGACGAGAUGGAUGAAGCUCUCAACAAAGUAGAAAUAUGCAAGGACCAGCUCUCUGCAGACAUGUACAACUUCGCAUCAAAGGAGGGAGACUACGCACGCUAUUACGUCAUGUUAUUGGAGGCCCAGGCUGAAUACCACAGGAGGUCCCUGGCAGCUCUGGAAGCUGCGAUUCCAACCAUCCAAAUGCAGCAAGAUUCCUGGAUGGAGAUGCCAGCGUUCGGCACGGCGCUGGAGGAACACCUGAAGAAGAGCAACCGUGAGAUUGCGCUGCCCAUGGAGGCCUGUGUCAUGAUGCUGCUGGAGACCGGCAUGAAGGAGGAGGGUCUCUUCAGGAUUGCAGCUGGAGCUUCGAAGCUUAAAAAGCUAAAAGCGGCGCUGGACUGCUCCACCUCGCAGCUCGAGGAGUUCUACUCUGACCCCCACGCCGUCGCCGGAGCUCUGAAGUCCUACCUCCGGGAGCUUCCUGAACCUCUGAUGACGUUCAGCCUGUACGACGAGUGGAUUCAGGCCUCCAAUGUGUCUGACCCUGACAAGAGGCUGCAGGCUUUAUGGGUGACAUGUGACCACCUGCCAAAGGCUAACAAAGCUAACUUCAGGUAUUUGGUGAAGUUCCUGGCUAAACUGGCUCAGGAAAGUGAGGUGAAUAAAAUGACUCCCAGCAACAUCGCCAUCGUCCUCGGGCCGAAUCUGCUCUGGGCGAAGACUGAGGGGACGCUGGCAGAGAUGGCUGCAGCUACAUCAGUUCAUGUCGUGGCCAUCAUUGAACCCAUCAUCCAACAUGCUGACUGGUUCUUCCCCGGCGAGGUGGACUUCAACGUUUCAGGCAUGUUCUCCAUGCCCAGUCAUCCGCCAACGCCCGACCUCGAACCCAACCUGGACAGGAAACGUCCCGGCAGCAUGGGGCAGGACGGGGACAGUCACACCCCUCGUAAAGACAGCCCUGUUAACAAACACCCGGAGCCCACUCCACGCAGAGCCGGCACCGUAAUUAGAAAGCAGGCACAACUAACCUCACCCACCUUCCAACCCACUCUGGCCUCUUUGGAAAGCGGGGGUCCUUCCCAACAUCCCCUAGUUCUGCCCUUGGCUGCAGAGCCUGGUCUGAGCGGUGCUGGUGGUGGUGUUGGUGGUGAUGCGCAGGGGGGUGGGGUCCAGGCAGCCACAGUGCAGCCUCAUGUAUCACAGCUCAGCGCAGAGGAGAGCAGCCCAGCCCGGGAGCACACAUCCACACCCCCUCCACAUAGAAAUGGUUUGAUCCAUCUCACACCUGGAGCCCAACCCUCUCCGGGUGGGUCAAGAGGACCAAGUCCACAUUUGAUCCGCAGAGGUACCAAAAAGCAGGCACCAGCUCCCCCCAAACUGCCCAGCCCCUUCACCCCUCAGUCCAGUAACGCCCCAACAGCCAGCUCUCCGGGUCACCCACUCAUCACACCUCGCCGUCACUCCAGCAAAGAGGUCAUUCAAGCCCCAAACCACCCGCCGCCGCAGCCUCCUCAAGCCCACCAGGCUCAGGGCGAGCCAGAACCGUCGCCUCCCAGCACUCCCACUCCUCCUGGCACUCCGACUCACGACAGCUCGCACUCCAACUCGCUCCCCUCGUACCCAUCUGGGUCUCUGCCUCGCCCCUCCAAGCCCGCUCCGAAACCACGGGCGCGACCCACAAUGCCGCCACCCCCGCAUCCUGCAGCGAGUGACAACGGCUUCUGCAGCUCUGCGUCAAAGAUUAUAACAGAUGGAGGCCUGCUUCUAAAGGGGAUUGGAAAAGCUUUCGUCCCUCAGGUGAUCGAGGAUCAACAGGAAAAGGGCUCUGCUGGUCACAAGCCCGUCCUGCCCCCAGACCUUCACUUGGACACGGAGCACACCGCUCUGUAAGAGACAUUUCUAGACAGUUUGUUUGGCAUCAGAGAUUAAAGGGGUAACUCCACCAGGCUGCCCGUUUGUUCUCUGGAUUAAAAACAAGCCUGCCUUGUAACGUGCUUUACUGCCUCAGAACAGAAGCUGUUUUUCCAGUGUUGACCCAA